GCUUUCUGUAAGCCCCUUUGACAUCACACUUUACGAGGCUGCAAAUCGUAUGCCAACAAUUGGCAUGCUGCAUGCUGAAAAAGUUGAGAACCUGGCCACUCCACUCCAGUAUUGACUUCUCGGGCCCAAGUGGCAUGCCAGUUACACUCACAAUAUUGCAGGGACUAUAGCAAUUGUCUACUUCAUGGCUUCAAGUUCAGCUUCUACUGGGAUUUGAUGUAGCAGAUAGCCGUAUCAUACAGCUGCUGACAUAACACCAUGGAAAUAUCUGUCGCCUUGAGGAGAACUAAAGGUUUUUAUAGUCCUCACCUAAAGCAAGGAACUUUCAGACAAGUGGGGACAUUUCACCGGCCCCCACAAGGGAAAAGGCUAUUUUAGACUUAUGGGUUAGGUUUAGGGUGGGGGUUACAGUUAGGGUUAGGGGUUUAGGAUUAAGGUUGGGUUUAGGAUUAAGGUUAGGCUUAGGUUAGGUUAAGGAUUAUGGGUUAAGGUUUAGGUUUAGAUUUAAGAAUUUAGGAAAAUAGGAUUUUGAAUUGGAAUACAUCUUUGUGUCCCCACAAGGAUAAUAAAACAAACGUGUGUGCGUGUGUGCGUGUGUGCGUGCAGGAAGCAGUGUGUGCUCUGAACACCUUGCAGACCAAUGUGAGUGUGUUGGAUCAGGUGCAGAGGGAGCGGAGUGAGCUACCUGAGCUGCAGCUCCAGGCCAUGCGGGGCUUCCUCCAUCGUACAGGCCUCACAGUAGACAAGCUGGACCACCUCAAUAUAAUCCAUGUGACAGGCACCAAGGGCAAGGGAUCAACAUGUGCCUUUACUGAGAGAAUCCUCAGGGACUAUGGCUUUCGGACUGGGUUUUACAGCUCACCACACCUGGUACAGGUCAGAGAGAGAAUACGCAUCAAUGGACAACCAAUCAGCAAAGAGCUCUUCACCAAAUACUUCUGGGAGGUGUUUUCCCAGUUAGAUGCUACAAAGGACUCCCAUGGAGUUAAUAUGCCGGCCUAUUUCCGCUUCCUCACCAUCCUGGCGUUCCAUGUCUUCCUACAGGAGAGGGUUGAUUUAGCUGUUAUUGAGGUUGGGAUUGGAGGGGCCUAUGACUGUACGAACAUCAUCAGGAAGCCGUGGGUUUGUGGGAUAUCCUCCUUAGGAAUUGAUCACACAAGUAUACUAGGAAACACCAUAGAGGAGAUCGCCUGGCAGAAAGCAGGCAUAUUUAAGCCAGGGGUGCCCGUGUUCACUGUCAAGCAGCUAGAUAGGCCCAUGACUGUUCUACAGGACAGAGCCAAAGAGAUAGGGUGUCCUCUGUGGGUUUGUCCAGAUCUGGAGCAGUAUGAGUCUGGGGCUGGCCCUCUGAGUCUGGGCCUGGCUGGACAACAGCAGCGCUGCAACGCAUCACUCGCCCUGCAGCUCAGCAAGACCUGGCUACAGCGCUACAGACAGUCUGAUGAUCAGCUUGCUGCCCCGAUAGUGGAGAACAGGCUGGUCUCCCAGGCAACAGCCUUUAAGCCCAGCCCCAUCAUGGUCAAAGGCUUGGAGGUGACAGAGUGGCCUGGAAGAACUCAGACUCUGAGGCAUGGUUCUGUCACCUACUACCUGGACGGAGCCCACACCACGGGCAGCAUGCAGGCCUGUGUACACUGGUUCAGCCAGGAGAUCCAGCAGGAAGAGUGUAGCAACAGGGGCCCUGUGAUCCGAGUACUGCUGUUCAACACCACAGGAGAGAGGGACUCUGCUGCCAUGCUCAAACUCCUAGAGCCAUGCCAGUUUGAUUUUGCUGUGUUUUGUCCCAACAUCACUGAAACUAUUACAGAAAACAAUGCAGAUCAGCAGAAUUUCAAUGUGUCUGUGGAGAACAUGCUGACCCGUUGCCUUGACAACCAGAUCAGCUGGCAGAGCCUGAGCGGGACAGAGACUAAGCAGGGGUCUGAGUCUGAGCUGCUGAUAAAGGACAGGCUCCCCUUGCUGGCCAAGACGAGGACCCACACCAUGGUCUUCCCUUGCAUCCUCAGCGCCCUCCAGUGGAUCAGCCAGGGAAGGGACGCUGUGCUGGCUACUGCAGGGAGCCCCUAUCUCCCAGUACAGCCCAGUGUCACAGCAAAAGCAGAACAAUUGAGAGAGGCAGCCCAGGUGUCUGUCCUGGUUACAGGUAGUCUACACCUAGUAGGAGGGGUGCUGAAAUACCUGGACCCCACGCUAGCCUCCUAAUGAACUAUUGGCCCAACAAUUGGCCCAUCAGUCUGGCUUGUAUUUUUGUAGGACAUUGAGAUACGCUCACUGUUUGACAGGUAUUAUAUUUGAGGUGUUUACAGCUUAGGGUCUUCUUGAAUAGAUGUGUGCUUCUUGUCCAGUGUAGUGCACUCAAUUUACUCUGUCCUCAGUGCAGGAACCCUGGGCUUUCAUACUACGAAGUUGUGCUGUACUGUGCCAGCAAGUCAAGUUGAAUGAUUUUCUCAUUGAAUUAUCGCUUUGACUAAUGUACAUAAUGAAAAUCAAAGCAUGUAUGAAUUUGUACAUAGUUGUGAAUGAAGAUGUUUGGACACCUUCUCAUUCAAGGGUUUUUCUUUAUUUUUACUAUUUUCUACAUAAUAGUGAAGCCAUCAAAAAAAUGAAAGAACAGAUAUAGAGUUAUGUAGUAACCAAAAAAGCGUUAAACAAAUCAAAAUAUAUUUUGGAUUCUUCAAAGUAGCCACCCUUUGCCUUGUUGACAUCUUUGCACACUCUUGGCAUUCUCUCAACCAGCUUCAUGAGGAAUGCUUUUCCAACAGUCUUGAAGGAGUUCCCACAUAUACUGAGCACUUGUUGGCUGCUUUUUCUUCACUCUGCAGUCCAACUCAUCCCAAAACAUCUCAUUUGGGUUAAGGUCGGCCGAUUGUGGAGGUCAGGUCAUCUGAUGCAGCACCAUCACUCUCCUUUGUCAAAUAGCCCUUACACAGCCUGGAGGUGUGUUGCAUCAUUGUUCUGUUGAAAAACAAAUGGUAGUCCCACUAAGCACAAACCAGAUGGGAUGGCGUAGCAGUGCAGAAUGCUGUGGUAGCCAUGCUGGUUAAGUGUGCCUUGAAUUCUAAGGCACUCCCACAUCACCACACAUCUUCCUCCAUGCCUCAAGGUGGGAACCACACAUGCGGAGAUCAUCCAUUCACCUACUACGCGUCUCACAAAGACACGGCGGUUAGAACAUAAAAAUGCCCAUUUGGACUCACCAGACCAAUGGACAGAUUUCCGCCAGUCUAAUGUCCAUUGCUCGUGUUUCUUGGCCCAAUCAAGUUUCUUCUUACUGGUAUCUUAAAUUAGUGAUUUCUUUGCAGCAAUACGACCAUGAAGGCCUGAAUCACGCAGUCUCCUCUGAACAGUUGGUGUUGAGAUCUGUCUGUUACUUGAACUCUGAGAAGCAUUUACUUCGGCUGCAAUUUCUGAGGCUGGUAACUCUAGGGCUGCCAGCAUCUCAAAUAUAACAUGUAUUUGUUUAAUGCUUUUUUGGUUACUACAUGAUUCCAUAUGUGUUAUUUCAUAGUUUUGAUGUAUUUUUCUAUUUUCUAUUAUUCUACAAUGUUGAAAAUAGUAAAAAAUGAAUAAAAACCCUUGAAUGAG